AAGGCUGCAUCCAUGUUGAAUCUGUUCAGUUUGCGUGGCUUGCCAUGGAGUGAUGCUGAUGGUCAGGAAAAGAUUCAGUUGGCUGCUGCAGAGUUAGAAUCACUAAGAUCAGAACUGGCCGAUAUAGAAGAGAGAGAAGGUUACUUAAAAGCUCAGUUGGAACAUAUCGAUGAAAUUUUGCGGUCUGCAAGUCUUUCUGGCUAUUUGUACAUCCGAACAAGGUGGACAGCUUUACCUGGAGAACCUGCUCCUCUUGAUGAUAUUGAUUUUGAUGACUGGUCCUAA